AUGGAUAUUCAGCGAUCCCUGGAACUCUUGCACAUGACUGUCUACUCCCAGAGCGUCUCUCCAUGUGGCAAGUACUUGGCAGCCGGGAACAACUAUGGAGAGAUUGCCAUCUUCAGCCUUUCUGCAGCACUGAGUUCAGAGGCCAAGGAGGAGAGCAAGAAGCCGGUGGUGUCCUUUGUAGCUCACGAAGGUCCCGUCUAUGCCCUGGUUUCCACAGACAGGCAGCUGCUCAGUGCCGGCAAUGGGGAAGUCAAGGCCUGGAACUGGAGUGAGAUUGUGAAGAAGGGUUGCAAAGAAGCCUGGAGCAGGAGGCCGCCUUAUGGGAGCAGCUUGGAGGUGCCAGAAAUCAACAGCCUUCAGCUGAACCUCAAGGAUAAUAGUCUUCUAAUGGCUGGGGGAGACUGUUCCAUUCACAUGAUGGAUCUGGAAUCUGGCGCCUUUACGCAUGAAUAUCAAGGCCACACCGAUUAUAUCCACUGCCUGGCCCUUCGAGACCAGCUCAGAGAGUGCCUGUCAGGGAGUGAGGAUGGCACUGUGCGCCUUUGGGAUGUACGUACUGGGGGUCAAGUUCAAUCAAUUGAAGUACAUAAAUAUGAGGAAUGCAAUAGGCCGCAGAACGGGAAGUGGAUCCGUUGCUUGGCAACCGAGUCCGACUGGAUGGUGUGUGGUGGAGGCCCAGCGCUCACUCUGUGGCACCUGCGGUCCGUCACACCUACCACGAUAUUCCCUGUGCCCCAGUGUCAGCAACAAGUCAUGUUCUACCAGGACUUGAUUCUCUCAGCUGGCCACAGCCCCACCAUUAACCAUUUACAGAUCAGUGGGGAAGUGAAGGCCCAAAUCCCCUGCAUCCCACGUUGCAUCCACUCUCUUUCCAUCAACGAACAUUCGCCAGAGCACAAGGUGCUGACAGCUGCCGGAAGCAGCCACCGCAUCGACGUCUUCACCAACUUUGGUUACCGGGCCUUUUCCCUCACCUUCUCUUAAGGCUCGGAUGAUUCCGUUUCCUGUUAGAGGAGUGCCUGGGCUGCUACGUUCAGGGAUGAGUGAGCCACAGCUAGCUGGACUGUCAGUUGGGAAAAGGAGGCUCUUCGCUAAGGAGGAAGAAACCCCUGGACUUGCUUGGGAAUGAACUUCAUGGGUUUUAAAGUUGUGG